AUGAUCCUAACAACGCCCACUGAGGGGGGAUCUGAGCCGAAUCUUCAGCCGCUCAGCACUGUCAUGCAGGGAGGGAAGAGAUUGUAUUUUGACAGCUAUGGAGCUGUAGUGAAAUGGAAAAGGGAGGAUCCGAAGACUACUCAGAGUGCCAGAGACAGAGAAGCCAAACGGAUGGCUCAGCUCGAGAGGACCAGGCAGAGAAACCCCUCAGACAGGCAGAUCAUUUCUCAGGCUGAGAGUGAACUCCAGAGAGCCACCAUGGAUGCCACACGGACCACGAAGCAGCUGGAGGAGACCAUCGAUGAGUUUGAGAGGCAGAAGAUCCAAGACACCAAGACAUUUUGUGAGUUUGUGACAGUGGAAAUGUCAUUCCACGCCAAGGCUUUGGAGGUGUACACCCUGGCCUACCAAAGCAUUCAAAGUGUGGAUGAGGAGGAGGACUUGGAGGUGUUCAGGAGUUCUCUGCACCCCCCCGACUACCAGUCACGCUUAGACAUAGUGCGAGCUAAUUCCAAAACUUACCUUGAUCGGACCGGGUCCUUCCUGAACUCAUCAGGGACAUUACAGCAACAAAGAGCUGGUAGUCGUCAGACGAGAAAAGAGGAGGAGGAGGAAGAGGAGGAUGAAGAUGAAUCUGAAGAGGAUGUUGACGAGGAUGAAGACGACACAGAUGAUGAAAAUUAAAUACUCAAAUUGUUUGGUUUUGAUUUUAUGAUAACAGAAAGAUUAA